AUGGAGAGAACAAUGGCUAUCGAUGCACUAUAUUCGGUGCAAGGCGCUUUGAAGCGGGCCGAAAUCGUGCCUAGAAGCGAGCCCUACCAACUUGAGGACAUUCGCGACGCCUUAGGCGAGGAACUUUCCAAUGGGUUCCACGUACAGCUCCACUGCCUCACAGACAAGAAGACCAGACAGACUUUGCUCGGCGACGUUCGCAUGUGCAUCGACAAGUCUUUUCAACCAAUCGACUGUCCCCGUUCUGGUGCUUUCCAGCCGCCUGUCUACAUUUCAGGCCACUCACCUCCACUUCCUAGUUUUAAGUUCUGUGACGGUUCGCCUCGGAAAUUUGACAGCAAACUGAUCGAAUCGAUUGAACAAACUCUUCUCAAAAUGUGGCCGAAUCUGUAUCCAGCGAAAACCGCCCACUCAUUUUGGAAGCAUGAGUGGGAAAAGCACGGAACGUGCGCCCAGAAUCACCAUAACCUGUCGUCUGAGCUGCUUUACUUUAACACAACAAUGGCUAUCGAUGCACUAUAUUCGGUGCAAGGCGCUUUGAAGCGGGCCGAAAUCGUGCCUAGAAGCGAGCCCUACCAACUUGAGGACAUUCGCGACGCCUUAGGCGAGGAACUUUCCAAUGGGUUCCACGUACAGCUCCACUGCCUCACAGACAAGAAGACCAGACAGACUUUGCUCGGCGACGUUCGCAUGUGCAUCGACAAGUCUUUUCAACCAAUCGACUGUCCCCGUUCUGGUGCUUUCCAGCCGCCUGUCUACAUUUCAGGCCACUCACCUCCACUUCCUAGUUUUAAGGAAUGCCCUUCAUCGGUAAUUUAUUUGUUGGAGACAACUACGAAGCCUUUGAACAUUCUGGGUAUGGAACAUCAGGAGCUGACCUACUGGAUCAAUCCCCUUAUUCCAAUCUAUAGCAGAUUUUUCAGCCAUCAGAAUAUUAAGCAAGAGUUCCUUUUAGGAUUGACGAUACCAUUUAUGGCAAUCGCUAUUUUCAUUUACAUAGAAGCACGGAGACGUGGCUAA